ACUAAUAUGUUGAUCCAGGAGGAUGCAGAUGAAACAGCGGCAGAGAUAAUGGAUGAACUGCUAACUACAGUCAUGGACCGCUGUUAUGAAGUGGACAUUGAAAGACAGAUUAUUCCCUUCACACUGUUCCGGAUCAAGAGCUACCUCACACAGACGGUAGAGCAGCAGAUGUUGUUUCUGGAUAGAGGAGAUGAAGAGGGAGAAUUAGCUAAAACAGAAGACUCAGAGCCUAUGCCAGCAACUCCAGAUUCCUGGGCUCAAGGAUGUGUGCCUGUGGUUUAUGCACCGCAUCAACCUGAACAAAUUUCCCUGCAGCUGGAUCCUUCUUCCUUACCCCGACAUUUCAUCUUAACUGAAUAUGAGAUUGUGGAUAACGACAUCUUAAAAGAUAAACCAAAAAAAAUCACUGGACCACUGAGGCCUCAUCCAACAUUAAAUAAGCAGGGAAGUGAGUGCACAGUGGUUUCAGCAAAUCCACUAACCAGCUCCAAGGAUCAGCCAAAACAGCUUCAGAAAAGAAAGGAUGGCAAUGUCUGUCCUUCUACACAUGGAAAAGAACGACAUGUGUCAAGUGGGCCUCUGACACCGGACACAAGGGUGUUGGAAAAGGCUGCUUCUCUAUUGGAUCCUACGACUGCGGUUAUCCACCCUCUCACGUUAGACUAUCGUUCACAGUCCAAGCUGAAGCCAGUACAAAGUAAACCAGCUGUGCCGCUGUUUUCAGUUGAUCAGGUUACUGCAGGUCCACCACCUAAGGUCACCCCAUUGUUUCCACCAACAAACUCCGACAACUACAAUGCUUAG